AUGUUCGGUGUCUCUUUUAGUUUCCGGUCUUGCACUUGCUACUGCCAAGCCAGCGAGCGAAAGUCUCCUCCUUAUUCCCUCCCGUUCGUUCGGUUCUUCUCCAGGGGUGUCGAGUGCACUAGUAAAGCGACCGUCUUGAAAGUGCUGGCGGCGACUCGGAAUGACUGGAUACGGAUUGAGGAGAAGGGGGGAAGAGGCGGAGGAGGAGGAGAGGACGACGACGGAGGGGGGGAAAAGGAAGAAGUGCAAACAGGAAAGGAAGAUGUGGAAGUUAUCAGGAGCAAGGAGUUGGAGGACAACUGGGAUGAGCAAAAGGGACUGGAUGAGAUUGGCCCCGGUUUACCUGGUCUCUGCUAA